GUACGACAGAUGCGGUACGACAGAUGCGAGUAACGAAAUGAGCUUGUGAGCACCGAAUCGGUACUUAGGAGUCAACCGAUGUACCCGUUACUCAGUAACGAAUACAUGCGGUUUGAUCCAGUUGUACAUCGAAGUGUCGACGCUUUACUUAAAUUUCUAGCCUGGCUAACAGACGUUAAUCACGCAGCAGGAAGAGAAGAAGAAGAAUUGUAACUAUGUUUUUAACACGUGCGCAAUAAAUGUCGCGGGAAUUGUUUUGAAUGUGAAAUGUGAGUUUGUGUAUCGUUGGUUAGUGAUCUUUAGUCAGGUUAAUGGCUCAAUCAUUAGAAGAAAUCAAGAAAAGAAGGGAAAGUCUCCCGAUUUAUCGAGCGAAAAGGGAAUUGUUGCAAGCAAUUUAUCGAAAUAAAACCAUUAUUUUAUUAGGGGAAACUGCAUGCGGUAAAACUACUCAAAUUCCUCAGUAUAUGUUAGAGGGUGGCAUGGCAGGAAACAAGUGUAUUGGCGUGACUCAGCCUAGGAGGGUUGCUGCAGUAACUAUUGCACAACGAGUAGCUGAAGAAGUGAGAACUGAACUUGGUGGUAAAGUUGGAUAUAGCAUUAGGUUUGAAAAUGUAACAUCCAGCGCAACAAAAAUUAAGUAUCUUACUGAUGGUAUGCUGCUACGAGAAUCCAUUGAUAAUCCCUUAUUAGUAGAUUACAGUGUGAUAAUCUUGGAUGAGGCUCAUGAGAGAACUUUAUGCAUGGACAUUCUUUUGGGGAUUGUGAAAUUAGCUCAAAAGUUACGAGAACAGCAAAAAAUGCUACCACUGAAAAUAAUAGUUAUGUCUGCUACUUUAGAUUAUGGUCCCUUCUCAAAAUAUUUUGAUGAUGCACCUGCAUAUGUCGUCUGUGGUCGGGAAUAUAAUAUACAAAUAUUAAAUUCUCAAACAAAACAGGAAGGAUUAUGUACAUCAGCUUUAGUUACUGUUUUCCAAAUUCACCAAAAUGAAGAUGAUGGGGACAUUUUAGUUUUUUGUACUGGACAAGAGGAAAUUGAUUCCAUGGUACUUGAAAGCAAAAAAGUUGCUCUUGAAUUGCCUUUAGGUUGUAAGCGAAUUCUUCCCUGUGCUUUGUAUUCUGCACUUCCAACAGAUCAUCAGACUGCAGCAUUUAAACCAGCGCCAUUGGAUGUAAGGAAGGUUAUUUUUUCAACAAACAUAGCUGAGACUUCAGUGACAAUACCUGGGAUUAAGUAUGUGAUUGAUACUGGAAUGGUAAAAGAAAAAUCAUAUAAUUCAAGUGGAUUUGACAUACUGAGUAUUAAGCGGAUAUCAAAAGCACAGGCUGAUCAAAGAACAGGACGAGCUGGUAGAGAAGUAAAUAUAUCUUAUUGGAAACGUUUUGUGAAUAAACUUAAUUGUUUUAUUUUCAGGUGUUGUCUUUCCAGUGCUAUACUUCAAAUGGUUGCAGCAGGAAUUAGAAAUGUAGCAAAAUUUGAUUUUAUUGAUAGACCAUCAGAUGAGAAUAUUGCAGCUGCUAUCAAACAACUGAAACUUCUUGAAGCAAUAGUUGAAAAUGAUGGAAUAUUAGAAUUGACUGACUGUGGGAGGAAAAUGGUUACCUUUCCCUUAGAUCCUAGGUUUUCUAAAAUGAUUUUAACUUCUAAAACAUACAAGUGCACGGAUGAAAUUUUAACCAUAAUAUCUCUACUGUCUGUCGAUUCCAUAUUCUAUGCAUCAUUAGCUCAGAGGGAGAAAUUUGCUGAAGUGCGAGAAAAAUUUGAAUCUUCAGAAGGAGAUCUGAUUAUGCUCCUUAAUGUAUAUAAAGCAUAUAAAAAUAGUAAAGGAAUUCCGUCUUGGUGUUAUGAAAAUUGUGUAAAUGCACGCAAUAUUAAAAAAGCGAUCACUGUGCGAAAGCAGCUAAGUAGUCUGUGUGAAAAAAUUGGGAUUAAAUCCUGUUCAUGUAAUAAAGAAACUAUUCGAAUAAGAAAAUGUUUGGCUUCUGGACUUUUUAUGAAUGCUGCACAACUUCAGAAGGAUAAAACUUACAAGAUGAUAGAAGGCCAUCAAAUAGUCAAAAUUCACCCAUCUUCCUGUUUGUUUAAAGCUCUGCCUUCUUGCUGUCUCUAUACAGAACUUGUACAAACAUCCAAGUUUUUUAUGAGAAAUGUUACUUCAAUAUGGGAAGAAACAUUAUUAGAAGUUGCACCAUUGUAUUGCAAAGAUAAACCCAUACAACGUUUCCAGUUAGUUCCAGUUUUUGAAUCUAGCUCUGUGAAUUUCCCUCAUAGGCCUGAAGAUUAUGAAAAUUCCAAAAAGAGAAAGAGGUGAAUUUACCUCAUAGGCUUAAAGACUUCAAAUGAA